UCAAGAUAUAGAGCCAUCGACCAACUUCGGAGUGGAAAGCCGUUGCAUCUCAAAUAACCUUCUCUGUCAUCAGUUAGAAACUCCUCCCAAAUUUCUAUUUCUCUUCUAUAAACCCGCUGCAAAUCAUCUGCCAUUAGUGGAAGGAAAGAUCAGACACUUUUCUUAGCCCGUUUUCUCUUGAAUUUUCGCACUGAAAAAUGACGUGGAAAGCUCCAACUCCGGCUUUGGCUGAGAUGUCCCGCCGCUUUUUUCCUACUGGUUCUACUAGGUUUGGGCUGCCUCCACGGGAGAGACAGAUCAAGGGGCAGGGAAGGAUGAUGGGGAGCUUUACGGCAGCGGAGCCUGCAGAGAUGAAGUGGGAGGGCGUGGACGAUAAGCUUGCGAAGAUGGUUUCCAUGGUCAAUCUCGAUUACGCGCCUGAGCGCCGAAGGGUUCGUGAAGCCUUUAAGGAUGUGCAGCUCCAGAUCGAUCAUCCACUCUUCAAGAUGCAUUAUUCUGGAGUUAAAACAAUGGAGGUAAAGACUUUCCAAUUUGUAAAUGGUUCGUUAUUUUUUUCCGAAAUUUUUUGUUCAACUUGCUAAUAUUUAUACUCUAUUUCUAUCCGUCCGCAUUUUACUG